AUGAGACUCGACUUCGCGGUUGUUGCGCUGACGCUUUGUGCGCCCGUGUGGACCGCAGCUCUCGAUGCUGGCCUCCACGGCUCAGAUGUUUCGUACCUCGCGCCCGUAGAAGAGCGCGACAACACACAACAGGAUGAGAAGUUGUGGAAGCGCAAGGGCGGCGGAGGUGGCGGCGGCGGCAGAGGAGGCGGAGGAGGAAGCUCUUCAGGUACAGGUGGUUCACGAAGUGGUGGCAGCAGCGGCAACAGCGGCACCGGAGGCACUGCACGAGGCGGUAGCCGCGACAGCUCCGGCGGAUCCACGAAGACUGGUAGCGGUCCCCCUCCCGCUUAUGGCGGAGGUAGAUACUACGGCGGUGGUGCUACGACUCCCUACCCGGCUGGACAGAGGCGCGGUAGCAUGGCCCCCUUCCUGCUUGUCGGUGCUGGUCUGGCCUUCUGGCCUGGCCUUUGGCUUGCGGGCGCUCACAUGUACCCUUAUAGCCAUCCUUAUCGCUUCUACAAUGAGUCGGCGCGCGAGAAUCAAACGAAGCCCGUCCUCUGUGGUUGCGCCGAUCAUCAGCCUUGUGGAUGCGACGAGAACAACAGUACCGAGUACAUGAGCUCGCUGCUUGGCAACGGUAGCUACAACGGCUUAAACAAGUCUGUCGUCAACGUUGCGGACUACCAGGGGAACAGCACCAUUCUUAUCAACGGUACUCUUCCCAACGGCACCACCGCCGCUGGUGGCGACGAUGAUGUUGGCACCACUUCUGCUGCAGUCCGGGUAAUUGCUGAGAACAUGGGCUUCUGGCCGGUAGUGGCCGUGGUCUUGGCCACCGUUUUUGCGGCCUGA